GAUGUCAUGAUUAUUGUGGUUGACGCAACAACCGUCUGUAGCUAUUCGCCCUGGGAGUGUGAUUGUGGAUGCGAAUAUCUGUCAGGCCAUCAGAUUGUUGCUGUUAGUUCACGCCUGUUCGGUCGCGUGCUUCUUACACAUACAAGCUACAGUGUAGUUUAACGCUGCUGACGAGCUCGUGCACAAGUUAACGGCUACGGACUGUCCCGAUGGCGGCGGCUGUGAGGAGUGUGAACAAAAUGUAUGGAGUGUGCUUCAACGCUUCCCGUCAGACGACAGGACUGACGGCGUCUCGGUUGCUUCAACACAGAGCCUUCAGAGUCGGUGCCGUGCGCCGGCAGCAGUCCUUUGACUCAACACUGGAAAAGCCCCAGUUCCCUGGAGCCUCAGCCGAGUUUGUGGAUGAGCUUAAGUUCAUCCAGCCCAACGUCAUCUCUGGGAUCCCAGUGUACCGGGUGAUGGACAGGCAGGGCAACAUCAUCAACCCUUCUCAAGAUCCUCAGCUCUCCAAAGAAACGGUUCUGAACUUCUAUCAGAAGAUGACUCUGCUGAACACAAUGGACCGCAUUCUUUACGAGUCACAGAGACAGGGUCGGAUCUCCUUCUAUAUGACCAACUACGGCGAGGAGGGCACACACAUUGGCAGCGCUGCUGCUCUCGACCCAAGCGACUUAGUCUUCGGUCAAUACAGAGAAGCUGGAGUGCUGAUGUACCGCGGCUUCCCUCUGGACAUGUUCAUGGCUCAGUGCUACGCCAACGCCGAUGACCUCGGCAAGGGCCGGCAGAUGCCCGUGCACUAUGGCUCCAAAGAUCUGAACUUCGUCACCAUCUCCUCUCCUCUGGCCACUCAGAUCCCUCAGGCGGCCGGAGCUGCAUACGCCAUCAAGAGAGAGAACAUGAACCGUGCCGUGAUUUGUUACUUUGGCGAGGGGGCGGCCAGCGAAGGGGACGCACACGCCGGCUUCAACUUCUCUGCCACCCUGGAGUGCCCUCUGAUAUUCUUCUGCCGUAACAAUGGCUACGCCAUCUCCACCCCCACCAACGAGCAGUACAGGGGCGAUGGCAUCGCCGCUCGUGGGCCAGGGUAUGGCAUGCUGUCCAUCCGUGUCGAUGGCAACGACGUGUUUGCCGUGUACAAUGCUACGAAGGAGGCGCGCCGCAGAGCCGUGGCCGAGAACCAGCCCUUCCUCAUUGAAGCGAUGACCUACAGAAUUGGCCACCACAGCACCAGUGACGACAGCUCGGCCUACCGCUCGGUGGACGAGGUGAACUACUGGGACAAGCAGGACCACCCCAUCUCCCGGCUGAGACAUUACAUGACGACCCGAGGCUGGUGGAGUGAGGACGACGAGAGGAGCUGGCGGAAGCAGUCUCGCAAGACGGUGAUGGAGGCGUUCGAGAAGGCCGAGAAACGCCUCAAGCCCAGCCCCGAGCUGAUGUUUACGGACGUGUACGAGGAGAUGACACCCAAUCUGAACAAACAGAGAGAGGCCAUGUGGAGGCACGUGCAGCAGUACAAGGAGCACUACCCACUCGACCAGUAUGAGAAAUGAGCGCAUUUACAGGACGGAAGAAGUUUGUAAUUGGUGACUUAAUAUUGAAGUGGGUUAACCGUUGCACACAUUUACUGUAUUCAUUAAAGUAUAAAUUUGAUAUAACGUGUCAUCUCUUUGAGGAAGGCAAAAAGAUUGCGCUUAUAAAAACUAUUGUACUUCAUGCCUCUGGGUUUGGUGCCUUAAGUUCCUCUAAAAAUAGUAAAUCACAUUUGUAUCACAUUACAAAAGGUCACAAUUGUUUUUGUUUUUUGUUUUUUAAAGUAGCAAAACCAGCUGGUGCAGUUUGAAUACAAAAUAAAGAUUAAAAUCGAGCAAUAAAAAGUGGAAGUUGUGUUUGUCCCCUCUUCCUGCAUCUGUCCUCUCCAGUGAUUAGGUUUCCUUGUGUAUCAUUGAGGUGACUGAAUAACAUGCGUUAUAGAACUUUGCUAUGGUUUUAGUAUACAUGCCCAAAUUUUAGAUGGGCCUGUACACUGAUUUUACAUCUUUGGUGAUUUGUGGAAAAUAAACAGUGGAACUUUCAAA